AUGGCAAGACUCGUUGCCUUGUUCGGAGAUUGGCGCCCGCGGUUACAAAUGGUCGGACAGAAUGUGCCCACAGUCGAUGUUCUCAUUCCUUGUUGCAACGAAGACCCCGAUAUCAUCAUUGACACGACGCGAGCAGUGCUCCAAAUGGACUAUCCCAGGAACCGGUAUCGUGUGUUGAUCACUGACGAUGGCAACUCACGAGAGCUGGCAUCCUAUGUCGAGCAGCUAUCAACAGAGUACCCGAACUUGCAUUACACGGCACGGAAGAAGACCGGGCCCGAUGGCUUCAAAGCAGGCAACUUAAAUCAUGCCCUAAGCUUCCUGAGCGCGCUUCCAGAAGGCGCGGCAGAGUUCGUGGCUUCACUCGAUGCGGAUAUGAUCCCAGACAAGAGAUGGCUCCGAGCACUCGUUCCACACCUGGUUCGCGACCCUCAGCUGGCCGUUGUUUGCCCUCCGCAGCAUUUCUACAACGCCCCACUCAAUGACGCUUUGUGCCAAGCGAACAGGUAUUUUUCCAGAAGCUUUGAGGUUCUCAAAGACAUGGCUGGUGCUGCGUGGAACACUGGCUCUGGCUGGAUAACGCGGCGCGAGGCUUUGGAUUUAAUUGGUGGUUGGCCUACGGACUCCAUAACCGAGGAUGCUUAUUGCUCGACAAUGCUUCUUGCCGCAGGUUGGAAGGCUGCUUACGUCCAAGAAGAAUUGCAGCACGGUCUGGUGCCUGAUUCUUACUACAAGCACAUCAAGCAACGGACUAGAUGGAAUGUCGGAGGAGCUCAGCGCACUGCCAACAUGGGAUUUUUCCUCCGCAAGGCCUGGGCCCGCAAGUUUACCGCAGGACACCGGUUCUUCCACAUGCUGUACUCGAUUGACUACUUCAGCCCCAUCUUGCUAUGCCUUGGCAUAAUUGUCACUCCGAUCUGCCUCUUCAUGGGAUCCAAGCUAGCUCCUUACCAGGACCUUUCGCAGCUACGGUUGAUGUUGCAGCUCAAGUGCUUGGUGCUGCUGGCCGGCUGGCUUAACGAUCUGCAUAACUCUUUGUUCACUGGUUAUCAGGUUGGUCUUUCAGAGCAAGCCAGUAGGGUUUGGAUGUCACCUUACCAUAUGAUUACGCUGGUACGCUCUUUCAUUCUCCCAUCCUGCCUUGGAGGUCAGUUGUCGGGUUUCACCGCCACCGGUUCCGUCCCGGAUACGCUUCACGAGCGGAGACCAGAUCAGCGUGCUCCGCUGAGCAAGCGCCUCCAACACAUUCUCACCGACUGCGGGGCAAUCUUCCACCUGGGUUUCAUCAUUCUAUGCUCUCUCGGUAUAACCAACAUGGUCUACCAAUGUUUUGGCGCUCACAGCGCUGGUUCAAGCCACUCUUGGAUGCUCUUCCUUUCGAAUUUGGCACUUCCGCUGCCUUUCUGGUACCAGCUCAUCAUCGGUUGCUUCGUUCCGCUACAGUAUGCCAUCUUCCCUCCGGAUGUUCCCGAGCGUGAAGCAUGUCUUUUCCGCGACCCUAUCACUGGAGUUGCGUAUCCGACGCAAAAGGCAAAGAAGCCUCAGUUUACGUUGAAAACUGUGGACUAUGCUCAUUUCCAUUUCCCAAUUGUGCUUUAUGCCCUUGGCUUGUUCGCCAGCACCUGGUGGAUCUGA